UGUGUGGAAAACAGUGAGGUAUUUGCCAAUACACCUGGUACCGGACCAUACUAUGUUAAACCGCGAACAGCUGGGCCGACGCUAAAAUGCUCGGUACGGAGUGAAUUCUCGGAUCCGACUCGCUAUCAAGUACAAUGGCAGCGAUACAAUAAAGGCGAUCUCAGGUAUGUGUCGAUUGGCGACCAACUACAUGACUCUACACAUUUUGAGCUGAUUGGUGAUGUCUCCAAAGGAGUUUAUGACUUAAAGCUCAAAGACGUGAGCACAGAUUCCGUAGUCGGCUCAUACUACUGCACUGUUUUGGAUCGUCAAGAUACACAAUCGUACCAAGCGGAUCCUAUUGAAGUGAUCGCUCUGGUACCGCCAUCUGAUCCGGUCAUCACUGAAUCUCCAACGCAAGCCGUGACCGCUGGUGACAGUGUGACGUUCAAAUGCUCAUCAUCAGGUGGAAGUCCACCUCCAACAAUAAGCUGGACGUUUUUGAAUGGUAGCACCGCUGACGAGCGAAAUGUCAAUACACUUCUCAAAGGCAGUACUUCGGAGAGCACUUUGCACUUUCGUGUUCGAUCUGAAGAUAACGGCGCCUAUGUGGUUUGUACAGUCACAAACAAAGCCAUUGAGUUUGAGCAACCAAAAGAAGCACGAUCGCCGAGGUUGAAUGUUCUCUUUAAACCUCGAGUACGAGUUUCUCCUGAUCAAGAUCUUGCAAUCGAAGCUGGCCAUCAUGUUGAUCUCGUCUGCGAUGCUGAUUCUAACCCAUAUCCACCCAGUUAUGAAUGGAGACAUUUGGCUUUGGGUGAAGUGUAUGCGGCUUCGAAAUGGACGGUGAUUGCAAGUCGCAACAUGAGCGGCGAUUUCGAAUGUCGUGCGGCCAACAGCGUCGGUGAAGGAAGUGCAAUUCUCACUCUAAAUGUGCAGUAUGCCCCUGUUGUUGUUACCAAGUCGCGCUACAAUCCAAGAGAAGGGGAACGAGUACAAAUUGAGUGCUCUGUGGAUGCCAAUCCACAGGCGGUGGACGUGAAAUGGAGUGGCCCUCAAGGUUUCAUCUCGGAUGGGCCUCUACUGGUUCUAAAAAGCGUCUCCAGGGAGCAGACUGGUAAUUAUACGUGUACGGCGACAAAUUAUCUCAGCAUAUAUGGCGAAACAGGCUCACAAACCCGAACCGGAUCGGCUACAACUAUAGUUGAUGUUCAACGACCUCCUGGGCAUGCAGAUAUAUCUCCGCCAAGACUGAAUGUGGUCGUUGGCGGAACAAUUACCCUGACAUGCUCGACGCACGAUCCUGGAAGUCCAGCAGGCAACUUUAAGUGGGCUUCUCCAUCAUCAGGAGGCCUUUUUGGUACGAGAGAACACGACCAUGCACAGCUGACUGUUAGAAUGCUCAGCUGGCCGACAAUGGACGCUAUCGCUGUCGAGCCGACAAUGUACAUGGUAAUUGAGCCGGCCUGGAUUUCUCGUCACUUAACGAAGGAGAGGAUACUGAAGCUAGACCAUCCUGCAGGCGGGCUUGAGUGUGAGGCGAAGGGAUUCCCUGCACCCAGCUUCCAGUGGUUCAAAGAUGGGGAACCGAUUGAUACCAAACGUUACACGAUAGAAAGUGUCAUUGUAAAGUCAAGUUGCUCAUCGGGUGACUACUGCUCGCAGACAGUCACUAGCACUUUAAUAUUCUCGAAGCCACUGAAAUGGGCAGACAAAGGAAACUAUUCCUGUCGAGCAACAAAUGGUGCUGAUCAAAAAACCGUGGACAAUACUUCAUGGACAGUCAUGCGCGUGAAUCAUGGCCCAGUCGUGUUGAACCAGCGAUUUCCAGAGGAAGGAUUGGCUGCUGCAGAUAUUGGUACCAUGGCUCAACUGCGUUGUAUUAUUUCUGCUCGUCCUGAACCCAAAUCGGUCAUCUGGGUGUAUAAUUCACUCCCGAUUGAAGAAAACGGCAGAUAUUCCUUCCAAGUCAUCCAGCACUACAAUCGCGACGAGUAUGAACAUGUCCUGCAGAUUUCGGAUACCACAGAAAGUGACUACGGACCAUACAUGUGUCGUGUGGCGAACGGAAUGGACAAGGCAGAGGUCAUCAUCAAAUUGACGCGAACAGGGCCUCCACAAGUUCCAACGAAUCUUAGAAAACUGUCCGCUACUCCGAAUUCCUUGUCCCUUGGCUGGGUUCCGGGAUUCGAUGGCGGAUUCGAACAGACAUUCAUUGUUGAAUACAGAAACGUUAAUCCGUUCACGGAAACGUUCGGAAAAGAAGAUGUUUCUACGGUGGAAGUGAAAAACACAUCAAGAGUGGAAAAUAUCGAGGACGAUGGAACGGCGUCGUGGUAUUUGAGCUUCAACUUGACAGGUCUUAAUCCUCUUUCAUCCUAUUAUUUACGACUUCGUGCAAAGAACAAGAAGCCACGACCUCCUCCCGACGACUGCACACUACUGUAUGUUUCUUCUGGUGACACAUGGCGAUCCGCCGGCUGUUUCUCACCAGACCAAGUUAUAUCCGACCUCGUCGGUGGGGCGUUCUUUAGAGCACGGUUUUGCUCUAGAGAACACGUGCUCAGCUGCUCGAAGAUGUCCCAUAUACUUGAAGCGAGCUCAAUAGGUAGCCCUUGGCGGCUGGCGUUGGUAAUACCGGCGGCGGUACUGGCGUUACUUGUUAUUAUUAUAUGUGUUCUUCUUGUCUUCUGCUGCCGAACUCGUUCCCCAUCCAAAGGCACUAAAAAGAGAGUCAGAGAAUUUCCUGUAAUGCCUCAGAUGGAAACAAAAAACACUGCUGUUCACGGAUCCCAGGCCGACAGUGGCGUUUUUAUCUGGACUCGAAUAAGCUCAAAUCGGCUAUACCUACCCACAAUUACUCAAGUGAUGAGACCGCUGCCGAAAAUUGGACGGACGAACAGGGCGAUCUCUCGAGUGACCACUAUCAGAACGACUCCAAGCACGGGCUAUUCCAUGGUAAUGAACAAAAUAACGAGAAUGCUGGUACCGGUAUGGAUGAUGAAAAUGGAUGCCGUGUAA